UCUAAAAGUUGGUUUUAAUUGGUUGCCCACAGGAUUGACUUGGCCUCUGCUUCUUAAGAAAAAUACAUCUCUUGUUUUACAAGGUGUGUGUGGUUUCAGCGCAGCAUGGCUGUGGUCAUCCGUUUGCAAGGUCUCCCAAUUGUGGCGGGGACCAUGGACAUUCGCCACUUCUUCUCUGGAUUAACCAUCCCCGAUGGGGGCGUGCAUAUUGUAGGGGGUGAACUGGGUGAGGCUUUCAUCGUUUUUGCCACUGAUGAAGAUGCAAGGCUUGGUAUGAUGCGCACAGGUGGUACAAUUAAAGGGUCAAAAGUAACACUGUUAUUGAGUAGUAAAACAGAAAUGCAAAAUAUGAUUGAACUGAGUCGUAGGCGUUUUGAAACUGCCAACUUAGAUAUUCCACCAGCAAAUGCUAGUAGAUCAGGACCACCACCUAGCUCAGGGAUGAGCAGCAGGGUAAACUUGCCAGCAACAGUACCCAACUUUAAUAAUCCUUCGCCAAGUGUAGUAACUGCUACCACUUCUGUUCAUGAGAGCAACAAAAACAUACAGACAUUUUCCACAGCCAGCGUAGGAACUGCUCCUCCAAGUAUGGGGACUUCUUUUGGGAGUCCAACAUUCAGCUCAACCAUUCCAAGUACAGCUUCUCCAAUGAACACAGUCCCACCACCACCAAUUCCUCCAAUCCCAGCGAUGCCAUCUUUGCCACCGCUGCCAUCCAUCCCCCCAAUACCAGUUCCUCCUCCGGUACCAACAUUGCCUCCUGUGCCACCUGUUCCUCCCAUUCCCCCAGUCCCUUCGGUGCCGCCUAUGACCACACUGCCUCCUAUGUCAGGCAUGCCACCCUUGAAUCCACCACCUGUGGCACCUCUACCUGCUGGAAUGAAUGGCUCCGGAGCACCUAUCGGUCUGAACAAUAAUAUGAACCCCGUGUUUCUGGGUCCAUUAAAUCCUGUGAACCCUAUACAGAUGAAUUCUCAAAGCAGUGUGAAGUCUCUUCCCAUCAACCCUGAUGAUCUGUACGUGAGUGUGCAUGGAAUGCCCUUUUCUGCAAUGGAAAAUGAUGUCAGAGAGUUCUUCCAUGGGCUCCGAGUUGAUGCAGUGCAUUUGUUAAAAGAUCAUGUAGGUCGAAAUAAUGGGAAUGGAUUGGUUAAGUUUCUCUCCCCUCAAGAUACAUUUGAAGCUUUGAAACGGAACAGAAUGCUGAUGAUUCAACGCUAUGUGGAAGUCAGUCCUGCCACAGAGAGACAGUGGGUAGCUGCUGGAGGUCAUAUCACUUUUAAGCAAAGUAUGGGACCUUCUGGACAAGCCCACCCUCCUCCACAGACACUUCCAAGGUCAAAAUCGCCCAGUGGGCAGAAAAGGUCAAGAUCAAGAUCACCACAUGAGGCUGGUUUUUGUGUUUACUUAAAAGGGCUACCGUUUGAAGCGGAAAACAAACAUGUCAUUGAUUUUUUUAAGAAGUUGGAUAUUGUGGAAGAUAGUAUUUAUAUAGCUUAUGGACCCAAUGGGAAAGCAACUGGUGAAGGCUUUGUAGAAUUCAGGAAUGAUGCUGACUAUAAAGCUGCUCUUUGUCGUCAUAAACAAUACAUGGGCAAUCGCUUUAUUCAAGUUCAUCCAAUAACUAAGAAAGGUAUGCUAGAAAAGAUAGAUAUGAUUCGAAAACGACUUCAGAACUUCAGCUAUGACCAGAGGGAAAUGGUGUUAAACCCGGAGGGGGAAGUCAGUUCUGCCAAAGUCUGUGCCCAUAUAACAAACAUUCCAUUCAGCAUUACCAAGAUGGAUGUUCUUCAGUUUCUAGAAGGAAUCCCAGUGGAUGAGAAUGCUGUACAUGUUCUUGUUGAUAACAAUGGGCAAGGUCUAGGGCAAGCAUUGGUUCAAUUUAAAACUGAAGAUGACGCACAUAAAUCUGAACACUUACACCGUAAAAAGCUGAAUGGGAGAGAAGCUUUUGUUCAUAUAGUUACCCUAGAAGAUAUGAGAGAGAUUGAGAAAAAUCCCCCAGCCCAAGGAAAAAAGGGUCUAAAGAUACCUGUUCCAGGUAAUCCCGCAGUACCAGUGAUACCUAGUGCAGGGAUGCCUGCGGCUGGGAUUCCCACUGCCGGAAUACCAGGGGCUGGAAUACCAGGGGCUGGAUUGCCUAGUGCCGGUAUGCCUGCUGCUGGAAUGCCUGGUGCUGGGAUGCCCAGCUCUGGAAUGCCCGGUCCUGGAAUACCCGGUCCCGGAAUACCUGGUCCUGGAAUACCUAGUGCGGGAAUGCCCGGUGCUGGAAUACCCGGUGCUGGAAUACCUGGUCCCGCAAUGCCUGGUCCUGCAAUGCCUGGUCCUGCAAUGCCUGGUCCCGCAAUGCCUGGCCCCGCAAUACCAGGUCCCGCAAUACCAGGUCCUGCAAUACCUGGUCCUGCAAUACCUGGUCCCGCAAUACCUGGUGCUGGCAUCCCCAGUGCAGGAGGAGAAGAGCAUGUUUUCUUGACUGUAGGAUCAAAGGAGGCCAAUAAUGGGCCACCAUUUAAUUUCCCUGGUAAUUUUGGUGGGCCCAAUGCCUUUGGGCCACCACUCCCCCCUCCAGGAUUAGGGGGUGCCUUUGGUGAUGUUAGGCCUGUUAUGCCUUCGGUUGGAAAUAGUGGUUUACCUGGCCUAGGGCUGGAAGUUCCAGGUUUUGGAGGUGCACCAAAUAAUAUAAGUGGGCCAUCGGGAUUUGGGGGGAUCCCUCAGAACUUUGGAAAUGGCCCAGGUAGUUUAAAUGCUCCUCCUGGUUUUGGAAGUGGACCCCCUGGUCUUGGAAAUGUUCCUGGGCAUUUGAGUGGGCCUCCAGCCUUUGGGCCUGGGCCUGGGCCUGGCCCGAUCCAUAUUGGGGGUCCCCCUGGCUUUGGAGCUAGCUCUGGAAAGCCAGGACCUACAAUAAUUAAGGUGCAGAACAUGCCUUUUACUGUAUCUAUUGAUGAAAUUUUAGAUUUCUUUUAUGGUUAUCAAGUAAUUCCAGGUUCAGUAUGUUUAAAAUACAAUGAAAAAGGUAUGCCUACAGGUGAAGCCAUGGUGGCCUUUGAAUCUCGGGAUGAAGCCACAGCUGCUGUCAUUGACUUAAAUGAUAGGCCCAUAGGUUCAAGAAAGGUAAAACUUGUUUUAGGGUAGCCGUUCACAUCAGUUCCUUAUUGGGUAUAUCUUUAUUUUGCUGUGAUUAAUGCAUCCAGAUUGUUUUCCUAGUAGUUCCAGGUUAGAACCUGUGGAUUGUUUCAAUUGCAGAUAGAUUGGUUUCUAUAACACAGAGCAUUGGUUGGCUGUUUUACAACUCACAGAAUAAACAUUGCAAUUUGUUACAGUAAAGCUAUCUGGAGAGAACACAACAAUAAUUUUGGCAUACGGUAGAGGCCAUUUGUAAUUCUCGAUGAUCAAGGAAUCUAGAUUGGUUUUCUUUUAUACCACAUGGGAUGAAGAAAAUUGAAACGUUUAAAUAGAAACAUGAGUAGAGCUCGUGGAGGGGCUCAUGCCAGUGGUGGCAUUGGAAGUUGGCUACUUUUGCCAUUUGUUUUAAAGCUGGACAUACUUGCUUUGUUAUAGGGUCAAAGCUUUGUCUGAAACCUUCAUUUUCUUUUAAAAUUGAAUAAAGUCUCUGUAUCCAGAUUCAUUGUAUGUACCUUUAUUGCUUCUGGAGGGUUCUUGCUGUAUAGACAGUCCUGCCUCAGUGUUGCUGCUUUAUCUACCUAACUGACCGCUUGUAAUAAGUACAACUAUUUUGUUAGUUUUUAAUUUCUAAUACAAAAACUCCACACUUGUGGUUUGUGCUAAAUAACCCUGAACUUUGUGACUAAUGUCACACUUAUGAUUGUGUGAAAUGACUUUGACCAUAAAAAUAAACUAUGGAGUCCUCUACUGACAUUAAUUUGGUUUGACCACCAAGUUUUAUUUAGUUUAGGAAGUUUAAAAUUUGUUCAUAUUUUUUGGAUGACAGUGAAAAUCAGAAACCAUUUAGUAAUCAGUGUUUAGGUAUUUGAUUUGAAAUCCUUUACUGUGAUGGACUAAUUUAGCAAAUUGUUUUUGUCCUAAUUUAUGUGAAUUUUGGAACAAAGAGAUUCAUAGGAAAACCUUCUAUCUUGCAAUAUAAAACUGAAAUUGAAAGUGGUAGUUUUGUUAGCAGUAGUUAUUGCAGAAUGAAAGAUCCUUAAGUUGGAUCAUAGGUUGAUGUGUGUUUAAUUCUGAUUUGGAGGCUUUUUGGUGUAGUUGUUUGAUCAUGAGCCUGUUCACAAAAAUUGUUUAUUCAGAGUCUUAAGUACUGAUGUCAGAAGAGAGAAUUGAGGUCACUCCAUGCAUUUUAUAUUCUUUCCUUUUGGCAAUCAGGACACUAAGAUGUAAUCUUCAGUUGGCUAAAUGUCCUUUCCCUUAAAAGCAUUCGGUUUUUCACAUAUCGUUCACUGACACUUAUGGCUCUUUUUCUAAAUUUAAAAUGCUUGAAAGCAGUUUCACAUUUCACAUAACAUUCAGAACUGGAGAUUGAUGAAUAAUAACGGGAAAUAAAUAGUAUCUUUCACAUAACGUAGCUCUGAUUUCAAACACCAAUAUUGAGAAGUCUGCAUUUAUUUUUAAAAGAAGGAUUUCUCACAUACAUUAUAUAUAUUUUACAUAUAUAUACAUGUAUGUAUGCAUGUAUACACACAUGCACACACAAAUGUAUGUAUGUAUGUCUAUGUAGUGCCUUUUUUGUGUUCUAAGGGAGUGGUACCCUGAGGUUUCGUCGUGUAGUUUUAGAGUUAAGAGUGGCAACAGUUUCGUGUGUGGAAAGUUUGGAAAGCCUCUCUACUACUACGAUGAUGGUCUUGGAGGAGAGACAGUAUGGUGGUGGUCUGUUCAGGGAAAGGGUUGUGCAGACGUUGAAAAGUGGCUGCAUUGUGAAUCACUUGAUAACUCAAAAAACACAAUUCGCUUGAAAGAUAGCUACUGCCUCAAAAAGCAAUAUGUUUAUAUGUGAUGUUCUUUGUUAAGUAAUCAUUUCUCGUUCGAAGACAGAGUGUGAACACUUCAGAACUAUUUUGGGUAUCUUAUUUCAACUGCAGGUUUAUUUUCCCCAUUGGAAACUGACUAUAUUUUAGAAAAAAUGAUUGUUGGAAGGUGAAAAUCUUUUAUCCUUUCUCGCAAUUUAUUUUGGUUGUAUCUUCGUACAUGCUUAUUAAAUAUUUCACACACUCAA